AUGGACCUCGCAAGCACGUCAACCUUCCCGGAUCCCCGGAGCCUGAGCCUAAACAUGGACCUGGGUUUGGACGGCAACCUGAACCCGUCGUCGCCCAGUCACCGCCAUGACGAUCAAGCCUCGACAUCUGCCUCAUCCGACUACUUCAACAGCACACCGACCUUCACCGCUUCUGCCGCUCCCUCUACCGUCGCUACCUCUGACUCCACCGCCGCUUCUCUCCCCGACAAUGUGACCACGGCGAACCAUCCAUCAAGAGACAACUGCGACAGAAGGAGACCCGACGACGGAGACGUCUCAAAAUUCCCCGCGAACAUGCCCACCCAGCUGGUCGGCCAGACCGUCACCCCCUUCCUCAGGGAACACAUCCCCGGCAUCUACGCUCCCAUUGGCAAGCCCGACGUACAGAACGACAGCAACAGCCUCAACCAGAACAGAGACGCCAACAGCAAGUUCUGCUACCGUCACCGCCCCGACGCAAAGUGUCGUCGCGCCGCCGACGAGUCCAAGAUGGUCUUGAUCCAGAGCGAACUCGAUAAGCUCCCCUCCGCCGACCAACAAGCCAUCACCCACGUCUGGUCCCUCUUCUCCGCCGCCCCCGCCAAGCACCGCGACCUGAUGCUGCAGGGCAUCAUCACACAAUGCUGCUUCCCCCAGCUGUCCACCGUCUCCCGCGAAGUCCAUGAGCAGCUCAAGAUCGACUUCAUGGCUGCGCUCCCGACCGAGAUCUCGUACAAGGUGCUGGGCUACCUCGACACCGUCUCCCUCUGCAAGGCCGCCCAGGUGAGCAGGAGGUGGCGGGACCUCGCCGACGACGACGUUGUGUGGCACCGCAUGUGCGAGCAACACAUUGACCGCAAGUGUACCAAGUGCGGGUUCGGCCUGCCUCUCCUCGAGCGAAAGAGACUACGAGACUGGAAUAAGCAGAAGGAGCUUGCCGAGGCCAGAAGUCUACGGGAGGUCGCGCCUGUCGAGGUAGUGGAGCAGGUCGACAAGGUUGCGACAGCGUCGUCGCCCAACAUCAACAAGAAGCGUGAGCUUGUCGUGCUCGACGAUAGCAGGAAGCGGACCUGCCUGAGCGACGUCGGCGAGCCGAUGGCGCCCAAGACCGGAGCCGAGAAGGAGCGAGAACGCCUCAUCCGACCCUGGAAGAGCGUCUACCGCGACCGUUUCAAGGUCGGCUUCAACUGGAAGUAUGGUAGAUGCCACAUCAAGACCUUCAAGGGCCACGACAAUGGCGUGACCUGCCUGCAGUUCGACGACGAGAUCCUCGCCACGGGGUCAUACGAUGCCAAGAUCAAGAUCUGGAAUGUCGAGACAGGGGAGGAGAUCCGCACUCUCAGCGGUCACACCAUGGGCAUCCGCACCCUCAAGUUUGUUGGCAACAAGCUUUUCAGCGGCAGCCUGGACCACACAGUCAAGGUUUGGAACUGGCAGACGGGUGACUGCAUUAGCACUCUCCGUUGCCACACCGAAGGCGUCAUUACGGUCGAUUUUGACGGAAAGUACCUGGCAUCGGGCUCCAUCGACAAGUCGAUCAAGAUCUUCAACUUUGACAGCAAGGAAACAUUCUGCCUCCGCGGUCACGAGGACUGGGUCAACCACGUACGACUAGACCCGGGCUCGCAGACGCUCUUCUCAGCCUCGGACGAUUGCACCGUCCGCCUCUGGGACCUACGGAACAAGACAUGCAUCAAGACCUUCGAGGGCCACAUGGGCCAAGUGCAGCAGAUUCUGCUGAUGCCGGAGGACUUCGAACCGGACGAGGAGGCGCUCGAGGGCGACGACAAUGCGUCGGUUAACAGCGGCCGGAGCACAACUCCGACGGCCGGAGCCAAUGUGGCGUCGAUCCUCGGGUCCUCUUUCGGCGGCGACUCGGUGACCGCGGAGGACGACCGGACGUCGUUCGGCUGCGCCUUUUCUUCGGACUCCACCCGGCAACUGCCGCCCCGCUACAUGCUUACCGCCGGUCUUGACAACACCGUCAAGGUGUGGAACAUCCACACCGGCAAGUGUCUCCGCACCAUGUUCGGCCACGUCGAGGGCAUCUGGGGCCUUGUUGGCGACACUCUGCGCAUCGUCACCGGCGCCAACGACUCCAUGGUCAAGGUCUGGGAGCCCAAAAGCGGCAAGUGUGAGCGCACCUUCACCGGCCACUCUGGCCCUGUCACCUGCGUCGGCCUCACCGACAGCCGUAUGGCCAGCGGGAGCGAAGAUGGUGAAGUACGCCUCUACAGUUUUGAGGCAGAUGGCCCGCUCCUCGAAGAGUGCGGCACUCCUGCAUAG